CAAGUGGCCCCCUGGUGAAGAGGACGUGGGAAGUCUCUGAUGUGAGGGCCACAGCCUUGGACUAUCUGCAGGCCUCAUGGCUGAGUGAGCCUCCCUUGGGCCCAGCAACCUACCCCAGCAUGGUCCAGGCCUGUGAGGGGCGCUCCAGAGCACAGCUGCCGACCUUGUCUUUGGGGGCAGACAUGACUCAGCCUCCACCCACCAAAGCUCCGGCCAAGAAGCAUGUGCGACUGCAGGAGAGAAGGGGCUCCAGCGUGGCUCUGAUGCUGGAUGUACGGUCUUUGGGCACUGUUGAACCCAUUUGCUCAGUGAACACACCCAGGGAAGUCACCCUACACUUCCUGCGGACAGCUGGACACCCCCUUACACGCUGGAGUCUACAACACCAGCCUCCCAGCCCCAAGCAGCUGGAGGAGGAAUUCUUGAAGAUCCCCUCAAACUUUGUCAACCCUGAAGACCUGGAUAUCCCUGGCCAUGCUUCCAAAGACCGAUACAAGACCAUCUUACCAAAUCCCCAGAGCCGCGUCUGUCUUGGCCGAGCCCAGAGCCAGGAGGACAGCGACUACAUCAAUGCCAACUACAUACGGGGCUAUGAUGGGAAGGAGAAGGUCUACAUUGCCACCCAGGGCCCCAUGCCCAACACUGUAGCAGACUUCUGGGAGAUGGUGUGGCAAGAAGACGUAUCCCUCAUUGUCAUGCUCACCCAGCUCCGAGAGGGCAAGGAGAAAUGUGUACACUACUGGCCCACAGAUGAAGAAGCCUACGGGCCCUUCCAGAUCUGCAUCCAGGACAUGGAAGAGCACCCAGAAUACACUGUGAGGCAACUCACCAUCCAGCUCCAACAGGAAUGCCGGUCAGUGAAGCACAUCCUCUUCUCAGCCUGGCCAGAUCACCAGACUCCAGAAUCAGCCGGGCCCCUGCUGCGCCUGGUGGCUGAGGUAGAGACCCCAAAGACAGCUGCCAACUCCGGGCCGAUAGUGGUUCACUGCAGUGCAGGGAUCGGCCGGACAGGCUGCUUCAUUGCCACCCAUAUCGGCUGCCAACAGCUGAAGACUCGAGGCGAGGUGGACAUUCUGGGCAUCGUGUGCCAACUUCGCCUAGACAGAGGGGGCAUGAUCCAGACAGCAGAACAGUACCAGUUCCUGCACCACACUUUGGCCCUGUAUGCAGCCCAGCUGCCCCCGGAGCCCAACCCCUGACCUCUGACCCUCCAGCAGCCCAGGAGCCAACCUCCUCUCAGGCCUGGAACAGUGGGUCUGGGGAAAUGGGCUGUGUGCUCUGGCAUGGCUUCUGCAUAAGCACAGGAAAGGGGACCUUGGAAGUGAGAAUGUUUUACAGUCUCAGGAAACUGCCACCAGCAAGCAACAGGGGCCAGAGCACAGUCUUCACCACCGACCAUGACUCUGCCUUCUUCAGUGGCCCCCAGUGGACUAUAGGGGAGUGUCCUGUGGCUCUGAACUUACAGAUAGGAGCUGGUCCUUGAAAUGGAUUGAGAAGCAGCUGGGGUGCAGGCUUAUCCGGGUGCUUUCUGUGGGCUCUUUUCCUUGUUGAUGACACAGUAAGUCCUUUGCUGCCAUCGUAGAAGCAAACAGAAUGUUCCUGAAAACCAUUCCAGAUAUGGUCCUGCUGUUGGGGCUGCAGAGAUGGCGAUUGCAAGAUCCUCUUCCAUUAAAGCCUUGCCCACACACAG